AGUGAAACUCAACAGCAGGGACAUGAAGGAAGUAUGAUGAAGCCUAAAUGAUCGAGGUAAAGCUUUUUGGCAUUUGCGGCUAAUUUAUUUCUGUUAAAACAUGACUCUAAAGCAGAUACAAGACAAGUUUAAGAAGAAAGGUCCUGAGACAUUUUAGAUUCAUGAGCCAUAUUCUGAUGUGCGACAUCUGGACAGAUCAUCCGGGCAGGCAUUCAACACUCACAUCAGGUGGUCCUUCAUCGCUCCUCAUGUUUGGGAUGUGAAGUUCAAUACUAGCUGUCAGCCUGUCACACGUUUGUUUGCUUUUUUUUCAAUUCAGUGGUUGAAGGACAUUUCCUCUACAAUGGUCUUAGUGAGGCUGUUAGUGCUGUCUCUAUUGCACAUGUCUCUGGUUGGGUCUCAGCCCACUCAGAGUUCACAACCAGCGUCAAGCCCUCCUCACCCCGCAGGAGCACAGUCUUUUUUGGAUACUGGUAAUCUGUCCUUCCCUUGGAGCCGUCUUCGCCUGCCAAGGUACAUCAUUCCUCUUCACUACCACCUACUCCUGCACCCCAACCUCACAAGUCUCAGUUUCACUGGCUCAGUACAGAUACAGAUUGAUGUCCAGAACAAUACAAACUGGGUUGUAUUACACAGCAAGGGUCUGCAGAUCUCCAAGGCCACCAUAUUGGACCAGGAUCGCGCACAUCUGUCUGACCAGGUAGCUGAGCUACAGGUUCUUCCAGUUCUUCAUAACCCUUCCCAUGAGCAGAUUGGCAUUUUCUCUCCCAGAGUGCUCAGCAGUGGGCACAAAUACUUUCUGUAUAUUGAAUUUGGGGCAGAACUUGCAGAAGGCUUCUAUGGGUUCUAUAAAAGCACCUACAGAACCAGCACAGGAGAGACUAAAACCUUAGCUUCAACUCACUUUGAGCCCACAAGUGCUCGGAUGGCAUUCCCUUGUUUCGAUGAGCCAAACUUCAAAGCCAAUUUCUCUGUACGGAUCAGGAGGAGUCCAGAGUACAUUUCUUUGUCCAACAUGCCUGUGGUCAAGACAGUUGAAGUAAACAAUGGCCUGCUUGAGGACCAGUUUGAUGCAAGUGUAAAGAUGAGCACGUACCUCGUAGCUUUUGUCAUCUGUGACUUCAAAUCUGUCACUGCAACAACAUCUUCUGGGGUGCAGGUGUCCAUCUAUGCCACCCCAGAGAAGUGGCUGCAAACCCGCUAUGCACUGGAGGUUGCUGUCAAAAUGCUAGACUUCUAUGAGGAGUAUUUCAACAUCCACUAUCCUCUACCCAAACAAGAUCUGAUAGCCAUCCCAGACUUCCAGUCUGGUGCGAUGGAGAACUGGGGUCUGACCACCUAUAGAGAGACCAGCCUUCUCUUUGAUCCCCUCACUUCCUCCGUUUCUGAUAAACUCUGGGUUACUAUGGUGAUCGGCCAUGAGCUUGCCCAUCAGUGGUUUGGUAACUUGGUGACAAUGGAGUGGUGGAACGAUAUCUGGCUGAAUGAAGGAUUUGCCAGAUACAUGGAGUACAUUUCAGUCGAGGCCACCUACCCCGACCUCAAAGUGGAGGAAUAUCUACUGUACACCUGUUUUGCAGCAGUUGGUCAUGAUUCGUUGAACUCUUCUCGGCCAAUAUCCAGCCCAGCAGAGAACCCCACACAGAUCAAACAGAUGUUUGACACAGUCUCCUAUGACAAAGGAGCAUGUGUCCUGCACAUGCUGCGACAUUUUCUGACAGAUGACGUGUUCCAGAGUGGUAUAGUACGAUACCUCCGCAAAUACAGCUACAGAAAUGCACGCAACCAGGACCUGUGGGACAGUCUUGCCAAUACAUGCUCAGAGGAGGACUUCAUCUCAGGAAAACACUGUUACAGCAGCAGCCAGGCCUCCAAGAAUGCAUACCUGUUUGCAGGGGAACACCUGAACCUGACAGCCAUGAUGAACACUUGGACUCUGCAGAAAGGUAUUCCUUUGGUAACUGUAACUAGGAAGGGGCCUCGUCUGUUGCUUAGACAGGACAGGUUCCUGAGGACAAUGCUGCCUUCAGACCCUCUCUGGUCCACAUUGCAACAGGGUUUCCUUUGGCAUAUCCCUCUGACAUACAAGACAGAUGCUUCCAGCACCAUCCACAGACACCUGAUGACAACACGCACAGACAGUAUACAUAUAGGAGAGGAAGUCAGCUGGCUGAAAGUAAACACUGACAUGACAGGCUAUUAUGUGGUUCAUUACGAGGACGGUGGUUGGGACGAGAUGACCAAAAUACUUUUGGAAAACCACACUGCUCUGAGCUACAAAGACAGGACUCACUUGAUACACAAUGUCUUUCAAUUAGUCACGGCAGGUCAUCUGCCGCUCACUAAAGGCUUAGACCUGAUUGGUUACCUGCGAUUGGAGACACACACUGUGCCUCUCCUCCAAGGCCUGGGCUAUCUGGAGGGCUUUUAUCAGUUGAUUGAGAAAAGGAAUGAGUUUGAUCUAACAAGCAAUCUUGGCAUGUACAUCCUGCGAUUUUUCCGUGCUGUCAUUGACCAGCAGACGUGGAGCGACAGUGGCUCUGUGUCCGAGCGACGGCUGAGGUCAGAGGUCCUGUCACUGGCUUGCCACCUGGAUGACCCUCCCUGUCUGCAGCGGGCACGUCAGAGCUUCAAAGACUGGCUUCAGUCCAACGGUACACUCAACUUGCCCACUGACGUGGCAACGACAGUGUAUUCAGUUGGAGCUCAGGAAGACCACGGCUGGGCCUCGCUCUUACACACAUACAACAUCUCCCUCUCUGCAGCACAAAAAAGCAAAAUCCUGUUUGCCUUGACCUGCACGAGAGACACAAACAAACUACAUAGACUGCUGGAGCUAGGUCUGGAAGGGAAGAUGAUUCGAUCCCAGGACCUGUCCUCUCUUAUCCUGAUGGUGGCCAGGAACCCGCGGGGACAUCACCUUGCCUGGAACUUUGUCAAAAAGAACUGGGACACACUAGUUCAAAAGUUCCAGUUGGGCUCAUUUUGUAUUAGAAACAUCAUCAUUGGCACCACAGGCCAGUUUUCAUCUCCAGAGGAACUCACUGAAGUGCAGAUGUUCUUUGAGUCUAUCAAAGAACAGGCGUCUCAGCUGAGAGCUACUCAGGUUGCCCUGGACAACGUGCAGAAAAAUGUUCGCUGGGUUCAGAGGAAUCUAGAGACUCUGAGAAACUGGCUGAACAAGCAAAUUAAAUGAAAGGCAGCAGAAAGAGAGGUGGUGACACCACAUAGGGGAUGUUUGAAAGGUUUUUUGAAUAUGUGUUUUUAUUUGCAAAUUAUAAUGUGCAUGACAUCACUGAAAAGAUGAUAGUUUUGUAUUUAAAAGAGCGUUUUUAUUUUAUUUUCAGGGGACUUAUUUGUUAGACAAAAAAAAAUGUUAUUGGUAGAACUGGCAGCUGAGCAGUAGUAGGGUGUGUGUGAGGAGCUGUGUGUGUACCAAGAAUAUUGUGUUGUCUCUCGCUAUGUGUGUGCGCGUGUGUGUGUGAGAGAGAGAUUCAUUCCAAAGUGACACACAAAUGCUGUGUAAACUGAUUCUUAAAUAGGCAAUUAAAGGGUUCAUUGUA